UCUCAAUUGAUUAUGAGCGCUGCCAAAUUUAUGAAUAUCUUAGCUCAAAGAGAUCAACAGUAAAUAACUUUAUUAAUCACAUUUAGAUAUCUGGAAAAUCCAUAAUUCAACUCAUAUCAGUAAUUCAAGCAGGCGAUAUAAACACUUGGUUUUCAACAAACCUAAUCUACCAUUAUGAAGUUUAAAAACCAAUGUACUCCACCUACAUCCGAUAAUUCACCAUAUUUCUUUUCGAAACAAGAAUAAUGGCAAAAAAACUAAGACUUGUUGGCUCAACAAGUCAACUCCAGUUCCACUAAAUCUUAUCGAGCUAUAUACCCAAAUAAGAAAUUAACAUCUCUAGAGGAAAGAUACUAAUAACACAAUUCCUAAUCUUCUUUUAUGAAUAAAGUGUUAUCCUCUGAGCCUAGCCCACUUCUAUAAUAUAAAUCUCAAAGUCCUUCGUUAAAAGAUAAAGACUAGAGUGAAAUGAGCUAAAUUUAAUAAUAGAUGUCUCAUCCCAUUUUAAAAAAGUCGAACCUUAAGAUUAAAGUCGAUGAAGCAGGGAGAAUCAAAAAAAAAAAAACUGUUUAAAUAGUUGAGAUCCAAUUGGAGAGAGGUAAUUAGAAAGAAGGCUAAAAGAAAAGCCCUAAAAAAAUCAUAACGAAAACAGAAAUCAGAACUGUGUAAGACUUUUUAGUUGAAAAUUCAAGCAAAAAAACCAAAUGA